AUGGUUGCAAACAAUAAAGGUUUAUUAAUUGCUGGUUUACUUUUAUCAGUGAUUGGUGCAGCAUUAUUUGUUAUAUCACUUGCACUUUUACCUUCAGUUUUAAAUGUUGCAACAAAUAAUGCUAUAGUUGAUGCUGUAAUUGUUGAUUCUUUUAAAAGUCAAAGAUAUAAUGAUUGGGCAGGACAAAAAUCAGUAGAUAAUUAUUUUAAACAAUAUUAUUAUCUUUGGAAUUUGACAAAUCCAAAUGAAGUAUUAAAUGGUAAAAAUUGUAAUUUUGAAAAGAUUGGACCAUUUAAUUAUAAAUAUGAAUGGAAUAAUAGUAAAGUUUCAUUUAGUGAUGAUGGCAAUUUAAUAAAUUAUAUUCAAAGUAAAUCAUAUAAAUGGAUUGAAGGUGAGGAUUCAUUAAAUCCAUUUACAGUUAGUACAACCAAUUUUAAUCCAGCUUAUUUAGGUUUAUUAUCAACACUAUCAAAAAAUUCAAUUACAUUAGGUAUGACAGCAGAGGAUUUAUUAUAUACUUUAGCAUCAGCACCACAAACUAAACAAUUUUUAGAAUAUUUAUCAAGUGAUAAUUUUACAAUGAUUGCAUAUUUUUAUAAUGGUCCAAAAUAUUUUAAUCAACAAUAUCAAUUAUUAUUAUCAACAAUUAAUAAUAAUUUAACAACAACUCCAACCAUUUAUUUUUUAGAACAAUGGUCAAAUUCAACUAUUAUUCCAACCAAUGGUAAUAGUUCAUUAUGGGAUAAUAUGUUGAUAUCUUAUGGAUUAGAUUCACCAAGUGGUAUAAGUUUACAAUCGGCAUUGGAAAUUUUAAAUCCAAUGAAUCAAUAUUCAUUAUUAAAUAGUACCAAUGGUAUUAGUUAUUGGAUAAAUGCAGUUUUUAAUGGUCCAAAUUCAAAUUCAUAUCAAAUACUUGAACAAGAAUUAGGUAUUAAUCAAGCACAAUUAACAUUGGUAAUGAUUUGGUGGUUAAAAGGAUUUAAUGAUCAAUAUACAAUGAGCCAAUUAUUAAAGCAAUGUGAAAUUGAAUCAAUUGAACUAUUAGGUGUUUGUCAAUUUAUAACAACAAUACCAUUAGGUUAUAAAUCAAUUAGUCAAUUUAAUAUAACAAAUUUACCUUGGUUAGAACCAAUUGAAAUUCCAAUUGCAAUGGGUACAAAUUUAACAAUUUCAACAAAUGAAGCUCAAUCCAAUUUAUUUAAUGAUAGUAUUGAUGAUUCCCUAUUAACAAUUCACGGUUUAGGUUUAUUUCUUGAACAAAUGUCAACAAAUAGUAAUAAUUUUACAAAAUGGAAUUUAACAAAUAAUGAUGCAAUGACAAUGAUUGGUUACUUUUUAAGUUAUAUUCCAAAUACAACUGGUUAUUCAAUUAAAUCUGUUCAAUCAUUUUAUAAUACAUCUGGUUUAAUUGUUACAAGAACUGCAAAUGAAUGGUUAUGGGAUUGUCAAGAUGAUUUAUUAGAUUAUUUAGGUAUUGAUCAACAAUGUUCAUUUCAACAAAAUAAUACAAUUUUUAAACCAUCAACUGUUUAUACAGGAAAGAAAGAUUUAUCAUUAACUAAUCAAUAUCAACAAUUUCAAGAACAAUCAACACUUACCAUUUGGAAUGGUACUGUAAAUGUAACUGGUUUCGUUGAAAAUGGUCAAAUGGCUCCAUUGGUUCAAGAUAAUCUACCACAAAGUUUAACCAUUUUUGAAGAGAAUAUUUUAAGACCACUUUCAUUGGUACAUUCUUCAUCUUCAUCAGUAAUGGGUGUUUCAACUCAAAGAUAUUAUUUACCAAAUCAAAGUUUUCCAAUUGAUCCAGUUUUUAAUAAUUCAAUCAAUGGUUUUGCAAAUUUAACUGGUCUUUUUAAUGGUGUUCCAAUUUAUGUUUCACUUUGGGAUAUGUAUGGUGUACCAAUAGAAUAUAGUUCACUCUAUAUUAAUGGAUUAAAUCAAACCUAUGAAAAUGCUGAAAUACCAUUGGAUUUAGAACCAAUCACUGGUAAUACACUCUAUUAUAAUUUAAAACUUCAAAUUAAUUUACAAAUUCCUUCAAAUGCAAAUAGUUUAUGGUUCUCUUCAUUAGGUAAUUGGACAAAUAUUUUUAGUCCAACCAAUAGCAAUAGUUUUGGUAUUUUUUAUCCAAGUUUAAAAAUUGGUCAAACUGCAACCGCUUCAACAAAUGAUAUAAAUUUAUUAAAACAACAAUUUAAACAAAUUCAAACUGUUAAAAUUGCUCCAGUAGUUGUAGUUUCAAUUUUUGGUGGUAUCUUAUUAAUUGCUGGUUUAGUAAUGGCAAUUAAUGGUUUUCGUAAAACUUUUUAUAAUAAUAAUCAAUAUAAUGGUUAUAAUAUUAUUAAUUAA